UUUGUUGUAUUUUGUGAAUGUAUAAAUGUUUUCUUAGUAUAAAGUUACAUUAUAAAUGUAUGAGGAAAAUUAAAAAUUACUGUCGAGAUCUUAUAGAAGACAAGGAUGACUUAAACAGUAACAUUGAAAAAGUUUUGUGCAAUAUAACAAGACAAGUAACAGUUUUGUCAGAGCAUUGCAAUAGUUCACUUGCUGAAAAGGAGUUGGUUCUUAAAUAUAUCACUAAAACUAUGGCAUUAUUCACAGAACUAAAUCAUUCAGUACUCAAAUUUUUAGAAGAUGAUUUAUCAUUUGCAAAUCCAGAUAUCUGUAAACAGUCUAGAUUGUCUGAUGAAAACAGUAAGUCUAAGUUUAAUGAAUCACUUUUAUCGAACUUUUUAAAAAACGAUUCUCAGUAUCAUGACGAUCAAAGAAAAUGUUUAGAAAAUACUGUGCUUAAAAUAUCAUUUGAUGAAAAUAGACAUACAUAUGGUAAAAAUGGAACGUUAGGCAAUUUAGAUGUACUAUCGUCAACUGUAAUAGAAAAUUCAGUUGUUCCUGACAGAAAAUGUACAAAGGGUAUCACCACAAACUGUACAAAUGAUGAGAGUAAACAAUUUUUACCAGUUUCUACUAAUGACUGUCUUUUGAGGAAUUCUGGUCAAAUUGACUGCAACUUGCAGGAAAUUGAAAAAAUACGAGAGAACAUGAAAGUUUUGAGUACAAAACUUGAGUUUAAUGAUAAUACCAAAAAUCAUUCUUUUCAAGAUGUUCCAAAUUCAUCGGUAAACCAUGAAAUACCUGUUAAUGACUUGUUAACCAACAAACUUAGUGAAGAUGUUAUAGAAAAAAAUGUAGAUGAAAUAUCCACAAUAAACAAUCCUUGUAAUGAUAUAAGCAAUUUAGAACCAGUACAUGAAAUUUUAAACAAUAACACUGAAAUAAACCAGAUUUCAAUCUUGCCAAAAAAUACUACUGGAGCAAUUAGAAAAUAUAGUGGUACUGAAAAUUAUCUUACCGAUAGUACAGCUCCAUCUUCUGCUUUUAGCAAAGUUAAUAUCUGGUUGGAGAAUAGCAAUCCUGCUAUUACAGUGGGUUUGAAUAAUUGUAUUGAAGACAAUUCAGUUAUAAAUAAACUUGUAGAGUUAAAAAGGAGAGAUGAACAUAAAGAUGACAAAUUAGAAAGUUUAAGAUUUGUUCCUAUGGAGGCCUCAGAUUCUAUUAAAAAUGAUUUAUAUUCUGAUGUAUCUUCAAUAAAGAAAAAGAAAUCUAAGAAAAAUAAAGGACUGAAGAAUACAAAUGAAAGACAUACCCUUGAACCAAUGCAAGUUCCAUCCAAAGGUACAAUUUGUACUUUUGCUCAUAUUGUAUCCCCAUCAGAAUUUUAUUUACAAAUUGUCAGUGAGACGAAUUCCAAAAAUUUGGAUUUAGUUACCUAUAACCUUAAUCAAACAUUCAAACAAACUAACUCGAAAUAUAGGACCAAACGUGAAGCCUUUUUAGCACUUGGAAAUUUUUGCUGUGGAUACGUUAUUGAAAAGAAAGAUUGGUUUAGAUUGUCAGUAAUUAAUUGGAAAUUGGAAUAUGAGUCAGAUAAUGUUGAAGUGCAAGCUGUUGAUUACGGUUAUGAACAUACUAUUUCUUAUAAAUAUUUAAGGGAGUUAACUCAAGAUCUUUCUCAAAUCCCAAUUUUAGCCAUAAAAUGUCAUUUUCCCUUACUAUAUCCUCCAGGAUCUACAGUUUCAAAUAAAAUUACAGAAUGGCCUAGCGUAAGCAUUGAAGGUCUAGAUAAUAUUGCUAAUUUACCUGUUGACAAUACUAAAUCAGAAUACAAUUUUUUCGAAAUUAUUUUUAGCAUGCCACAGGGUGAUUCUGUAGCAGUAGACUUAAUACAGCAUAACGGAGAUGGCACGAGUUUAGGCGCAUUGCUAGUUGAAUUUGAUUUAGGAGUAGAGAUUGGAGAUGAACCAAAUCAGUAUGUUGAUGACAUGAAUUUGGAUAUGUUUUUAGCAGAUACAGAUAAAAUGGAAACUGCUAAUAAUUUAAAUGAGCUUGUAUGGGGUUAUGACCCAACCGACGAAGCUCGUAUUUGUAAAUUUUCUCGUCCAGAUGGUACUUGUUUUAAAGGAGCAAAUUGCAAGUUGGACCAUGUUUUACUAAAAGAUGGAUACACAACUGACAAAGUUGAAGUUUUUAACACAACCAAGAAAGAGAUGGUUUUACCAAAAAAGGGAGAAAUUCGACAAAUAUUAGUAACUGCCUUUGUCGAUCCUUGUACCUACAUUGUGCAGAUUGUUAACGAUCCGGUUAAUGAUGAAAGCAUUGGUGCAAAAGUGGAUAAGGAAUUAUCAAAUUUAAUAGAUUUUAUGAACAAACCAAGAACCAUAUCAAAUUAUGACGGUUUUAAAUUAUACCCAUCCUUAGGAGAAUUAGUAGUGGUGUAUUCUAAAUCAUUGGAUUUGUGGGUAAGAGCAAGGGUGUUGGACUUUGAGGACUUUAGAGAUUCUAUAAAGAUAUACACACUGGAUUUUGGAGAAUACUUCAGUGUACAACUGAAAGAUUUAAGAAUGAUGAAAGAAGAGUUUGUUACUCUUCCUUUUCAGGCUGUCAAAGUUCAUUUGUGUGCUUAUAAACCUAAAGAGUCCUGUAAUAAGAAUUUAGUACAAACAUUUUUUGAUAACCAUAUUAUUUAUAAAAACUUUUUAGCCUAUUUCCAAUCUAAUGUGGACCCGCUUAAAGUAAAAAUUACUACCUAUAAAGGACAAGAUAUUGGAAUAACUUUAUUAAAAAAGGAUUUUGUAGAUAAGUCAAUUAUAGAUUUAAGUAAUUUUGAUACAGGAAAUAAAAUAUUAGAUUUGGAAUAAAUUUUAUAAUGUA